GGAAAACCAGCUAUGCCACUUGCCAUAGCCUAGAACACCCCCAAGCCCCGGAGGCACUCUGGCACUGGAACUGAUUUUCCAGGCAAAAUGAACAUUCAGGAGUAUUUUGGAAGAAUAUCUUACAACAAGCCCCAUAAGGAUGCAGACUUGCAGACCCUGACAGCCAUCUUCCAGCAUCACAUCCACACCAUUCCUUUUGAGAACCUCAGCAUGCACUGCGGGGAGGCCAUCGAACUGGAUUUGCAGUCUACUUACAAUAAGAUUGUGAGAAAGAAACGUGGUGGAUGGUGCCUGGAAACCAACCACCUCCUCUUCUGGGCCUUGCAAGAAUUAGGGUAUGACGUCUGUAUUCUUGGUGCAAACAGCUAUGAGCCAGCAGAGAAGGGAUACACUGCUCAGAUAAACCAUAUCCUGCUGAAGGUGGUGAUCAGGGGAGAGUCCUACAUAGUAGAUGCUGGGUUUGGUGGUGCCUACCAGAUGUGGCAGCCACUGAUGCUGAUUUCUGGGAAGGACCAACCCCAGGUUCCUGGCAUUUUCCACUUCAUGGAAGACGAUGGCACCUGGUACUUCGAGAAAGUCAAAAGGAAGCAUUACAUUCCUGAGCACAGCAAGAAUGACUUCCCUCAUUCUCCAGACCUGGGGAAUAUCCGAAAAAUAUAUAGAUUUACUCUCGAGCCACGGCAUAUAGAUGACUUCCAGGGGCUAAAUGCAUACCUCCAAGUGUUUCCAGAUAACAUCCUUCAGAAGAAGUCAAUCUGCACUCUCCAAACCACCAGUGGGGUCCUUACCUUAGUUGGAUGGACCCUCACUGAGAUGAAGUACAACUACACAGAGGACAUGGACCUGGUGAACAUCACAACCCUUACAGAUGAAGAGGUUGAGAAGACACUGAAAGAGAAAUUCAAUAUAGUACUGGAGAACAAACUUGUACCAGUAAAUGUUUGUGGCUUGCCACCUAAUUUAGUGGAUAAGAUCUAA